AUGACAAGGUUGACAAGCAAAGCAGCUGUGGAGGGAAUGAACUAUCACGAGAGAACCCGAUCGUUGCUUCUUCGCGUUGGCAAGAGCAAAGUUCUGGUCGAAGUGACCGCCUUGUUGCGAAACCACCAUGAUCAGGAUCUUCAGGGUACUACUGGUAAUAGUACUUCGAAUGCCAAUAGAAGGUCUAGUGGAAUUUGGGGGAGCCAGUCUCUGCACAUUUCGAUUGGAGAGUCUUUCUUUCAACCUCAUCCGCGAAGAGCAGCCCGCGACGAGCAGUUGUUAUCACUUUGUUCUGCCGUAGCUGAUUGCCUGCCACAUCUGGAAACAAUCCAUGUUGGAAGAGCUCUCUCCGGAUUUAUCCACUCGAAUGUGGGAGCUUGGUGUCCUGUGGAAGCAAUUCAGUUGCUACUGGCAUCGUCCUCGGGAAAACUGACGUCUCUCAUGCUACGCAACCUGCAGGUAUAUUCUUGUUCCGAACAGGAUGCUUCCAGUGGAGCGACAACGCUGCUUGCCAACUCCUUGAAACACCAUGCCACUCUCGAGCGGUUUGUCUGGCAACACUGCGAGUUGCUACCAAGAUCAAGGUCCAUUUUGGAUCCAGUGCUGCAAACCUUGUCGACAAUUCCCAACUUGAAAGGUCUCGUCGUGCAGUGUCCACCUUGGUCACCCACCGGAACUUUUGCAUCGCCAUCCGUGUUACAAACGCUCGUGACUCCAGCCUUGGAAGAACUGCACCUGGAUGGAUUCCAUCUGCAAGAACAACACGUGCGACGUCUCAUGCUCACUGGGCCAACUAGCAGAGCACUGGAUGCUGUUGCUGCCUUGCAAAGUAUAAGCCUGUCCUUUCAGUUGACAGUGGAUACCAUGCCGGAACUGGGUCGUACCUUGGCCAAAAUGCUGCAAACAACCCCUUCCUUGGUCACUGCGAGGCUGCGCCUAGAGUGGUUGAUUCUGGAUCCAAGCACCGUUGCUACCCGUUCCUGUCGCCGACAACGAUUGCAGGCACUCCAACUGUUUCAGGACACCCUGGCACAAUCUCUACUUUCAACCAAUCAGCACCAGCCUCGUUUGGAACGUCUGGACCUCAUCUACUACGAUUCAAGCCAACGGUUGGAAUCCUUUUCCAAGGGAAACCCGCCCAUCAUUUGUCCCAACUAUUUUCGAGAAGUAUUGGAAUCCAACUUUACCUUGAAGUACCUGCGACUACCCUACAAUGGUGAAAUGGAGCCAACCAUUGACUUUUCCCUCAAGCUCAACCGUACGGGAAUUCGGCAGAGUCUAUUGACACAAGAUGUCCCGCCUUCACGACAGCAAUGCGUAGAUGCACUGAUGAAAGUGCGGAAAGACAACAGCUGCAGUGGUUUGAGAAUAUCCAAAGAGAUGUCGCUAUCCUUGUCCAGGACGGCCCUUUCCACGACCUACUAUUUGCUCCAUGAAACGCCGUGGCUUUUCUCACAAUGA